AUGAAAACUGUAUUCAUUCUCAUGGUUCUUAUGGCCGUGGCUUAUUCAAUGGAAGGGCUUGACGUGGCAGCACUAUCCGGACAAGGAAAAAAGUUUUUCUUCGAUGUGACAAAGCAAGUUAUGGGAGUUCCAUCUUUAAAACCUGAAAAUCUUGCUGCUCAAGCAUUUUUCCGCAACUUCCUUGAUAAGUACACAAAGCUUGAUGACAAAAUCAAAAAUGAUAUGAUGAAGCACGUUCCAAAAGCGACCAAAUUGUUUGAUGCUGCAGCAAAAAAAUUUAACGUCGAACCGAUUCAAGCUUUCAAAAUGCUCUCGACAUUUUUUGAAACGUUCAAAAAGGGCGCAUCGGGCGAAAUGGCUUCAAAGGGAUUAAAACUAGCUGGAAAAUUUCUGGGCAGCAACGGAGGAAAAAAAGGAACUCUUAAUUGA